UUAUUUCUCAAAAAUAUGGUUAAAUGUCUGAACCGAUCCUUCACUACAAGGCCGCUGCGCCUUCGCUCAGCUGCUAUGGUGUAGCGGCUGUGUAAAUUGAUAUGUAAAUUUAACGUUAGCUUGCUGGUUAAAAGAAACAGAUUAUGUCGUGGUCGACAUGAAUGGAUAACUAUUUUAUUCCAGUUACGUUAACUUAGCGACACUUUAAUUGUGAAAAAUAGUUCAGCUAUAUCAACUGCAGUACCGCGCAUAGAAUUUGUUUACAUUUUUCGAUGCAUAACGUUAACAUUAGGCUUUGGAGUUAGCUUGCUGGCUGGCUAGCUAGUUAACUGUUAUAGGAGCCGACACUGGAUAAAUCGUACUUUUUCCGUGAAGAUAUUCCUCUGUAUUGACUCUGAUCGUGUCUAACGAAGGGAAUACUUUUAAGUCCAGGUUUUAAAACCACGGUUCAGUUAUCCCCAGUGUGUAAGCGUCCUUUCCCGGCUAACGUUGUAGCUACCCAGUUAUUUGAGGCUUCCCUAGGGAGUUCAAGUCCAGUCGGCUCUUUAUCCUCAGAGGACCAUGACUUCGACCCAACAGCAGAAAUGUUAGUUCAUGAGUAUGAUGACGAGAGGACUCUGGAGGAGGAAGAGUCUCUGGAUGGAGGGAGGAAUUUUAGCUCUGAGAUUGCAGAUCUGGAAAGGGAAGGAAACAUGCCUUUGGAGGAACUGUUGGCCAUCUAUCGCUAUGAGGCUUCAGCAGGCUCCAGUAUAGACAGCUCCUCUGGAGACCUGACUGAUGAGCUGCCUGACAUGACUCUGGACAAGGAGGAAAUAGCUAAAGACCUGCUGUCUGGAGACUACGAGGAGGAGACCCAGUCCUCAGCUGAUGAUCUUACCCCUUCAGUCACCUCCCACGAGGCCACUGAUUUCUUCCCAAGAACACUUCGAUCCAAUGCUAUCUCUGAUGGUGAUAAAGAGUCGGAGUGUGAUGAAGAUGGCCUAAGCCUAGAAGACUCCAGAAAGGAAAUAAUGGUGGGGUUAGAGUACCAAGCAGAGGUUCCUUCUUGUCUCUGUCACUACAAAGAUGGGGAGAAAGUGUAUGAAGAAGAAGAUGAGUUAUUAUGGAGCCCAGGUACAUUGCCAGAAAACAAAGUUAGAAGUUUCCUGUCUGAAGUGUUGUCACGAACGACAGGUGAAAAGACAGGAUGUGACAAAUCAGGGAUGCAUGUUCGAGACGAUGAGCAGGCUUUGUAUGAGCUUGCCAAGUGCAACUAUAACACCCAUGAAGCACUAGAGAGAUACUGCAGCCGUGUAAAGUCCUCAAAAGAAAAAUCACCUCCGUGGUCAGAAGAGGAAUGCAAGAACUUUGAACACGCACUACAGAUGUAUGACAAGAAUUUUCACCUCAUACAGAAACACAAAGUGACAACAAGAACAGUAGCAGAAUGUGUGGCAUUUUAUUACAUGUGGAAAAAGUCGGAGCGCUUUGACUUGUUUGUGCAGCAGAAUCGGUUUGGGAAGAAAAAAUACAGCAGCUAUCCUGGUGUAACUGACCUGAUGGACAGGCUGGUGGAUGAAGCAGAAGGCCUGGCAGUGGACAGUUCAUCCUCUGUGUGUUCGGGAGCAGGUGGAGGAGGAAGGCUGGAGACUACCACAGACCAGCAGCUCAGCCUGCUCAACUCUAUCACAGCCAGUGACCUCUCAGCUUUGAGUAACAGUGUAGCUACAGUGUGCAGCCCUGCAGAGGUUAACUGCCUGGACUCCUACAGCUUUCCGCCAUUGGAAAGUCUCCAUCGUGGGUCCUUGACCCAUGACGAAUCCCUUGGGUUCCCUUCUAACGGUGCAGACUCCGACUGCCUCAAUAUGCUUGACGCCGGCUUCUACCACUCUGACCUGGGCCAGCUAGGAGGGGUGUGCGUCACCAAGGACUGCGAGCGGCCCUCCAAAAGACUCAAGAUGGCGCUGCCUGACUCGUUCAUCAGUGACGUUUCAGUGGGUAACCUUGGAGUGGACUUUGAAGCACGACGGACAACAACGCACCACCACCGACUUACCGGCACCAAAAUGGCAGUAUCCGUCACAGACUUUGGGAGCUUGGCUGGCAGCGGUGAGCCCAAUGGCUUUCUGGGAGCACAUGCACGGCACCACACACAGCACACUGCAGCACUUCAGUCAGAAAAGUCAUGAGACCCAGACGGCAGGACACAGCUGAAACCAGGCAUGCUAGCUGUGUCUUUGGCAACCACUGAAAAUGGCUUUACCUGAAGACGUAUUGAUAUUAUUCAGUGUUGCAAUUUUGCAUUCGAAACUUGCAGCCAUGUGUAAAAGAUGUUCAUCUUUCUUUCCUCAAAACCUUUUUUUGAUGUCUACAUUUGUCCUAAUGGUAAAGGGAUGGCUGCUGUGGAGAGCUAGUUUCUUUUAAUGCAAUGUGCAUAAUGCAGUAGGUCCUCCAAGCUCUUCUAGCUUUAGCAGUGCAGUGAUAUUUAUUUCACCUGUGGUUUGUACAAAGACAGAAAAAUUGUCAGAAUGUAGAGGCCAUUAAGUAGUAGUAGGUUUUUCACCUCCCUGUGAACUCUCCAAAAUGUGAUAUUUUAUUGAUAUCUCUUGUAUGAGACUUGUGUGUGUGUGUGUGUGCACGAAAGCACUAAAAUUUAUUUUAUAUUUUGUAUUGUGUUUUGAAGUUUAAAAGGGAAAAAAUUACAGCAGUUGUGGUUUUGAAAAAGAAAGCAGUCUUUUGAAAACAAAGAUACCUUUGUGAAUAAAAACCUACAAAACUUAAUGUAUAUCCAGAAUUAUAGACAAUCAAAACUUCACUAUGAAAAAUGUUCAAAAAGCUAUCUUUAUUGUUUAUAAAAUUGUACAUAAACAUUGAGUUGUUUUUCUUUUGUUAAACAUUAUUUUGUAUGUUCUGUUGUACUUUAAUACCUUGUGUACAGAUCCAGGAAUAAAGCUCUGGAAAAGGUUCGAAGAUGGUCACAAGCAAUUCAUUUAUCAUCGCUCAGAAGAUGUGAAGAGACGUUACUGCUUCUG